GUUAGAUCAAAAUCAAACCGACCAUCAGCACACCCACCCCUCAAAGGGUCGAGACUUAGGACCUAGGGUUCCCAAAAUCUUUUUCAAUUGCAGGACAAAAUCAACAAUCGAUCCAGCCGCUUCGCUGACUAUAUGAGUCUGGUGACUGAUUCUCCUGUACACUCGUCUAGUAGCGAUGACUUUGCAGCUUUUCUUGAUGCAGAGUUGGAUUCUAAAUCUUCAGACUCAUCACCGAAUGAAGAAGGAGCUAAGGGUGAAUUUGAUUCUGAUUCUUCAGAUUCAUCAACAAAUGAAGAAGCUGAGAAUGAUUCUGACACUGAAAACCAGAGGAUAAAAAGAUCUAGAGUGGAGAAAUUGGAGAACAUAGAAGAUCCUAAACGUUCAACGUCUAAUGGAUCCCUAGAGCAGAACUUAGGAGCAUCCUCAAGUAAGGAUGCCUGCAUACAUCCAGGAUCUUUUGGAGACAUGUGUAUACUCUGUGGGCAAAAGUUGAAUGAGGAAACUGGUGUCACAUUUGGAUACAUACAUAAGGGAUUAAGGCUUGGCAAUGAUGAAAUUAUGCGGUUACGUAACACAGAUGUGAAGAAUCUGUUAUGCCACAAAAAGCUUUACUUGGUUCUUGAUUUAGACCAUACAUUGCUUAAUUCUACUCAGCUUAUGCAUAUGACAUUAGAGGAGGAAUAUUUGAAGAGUCAAAUAGAUUCUCUGCAAGAUGUUUCAAAUGGUAGCCUGUUCAUGUUGGACUUCAUGCACAUGAUGACCAAGUUAAGGCCCUUUGUACGCACAUUUCUCAAGGAAGCAAGUCAAAUGUUUGAGAUGUACAUAUACACGAUGGGUGAUAGAGCAUAUGCGCUGGAAAUGGCUAAGCUACUUGACCCUAGAAGAGAGUACUUCAAUGCUAGAGUUAUUUCACGUGAUGAUGGAACUCAAAGAAAUCAAAAAGGUCUUGAUAUUGUUCUGGGGCAAGAAAGUGCUGUUCUGAUCCUUGAUGAUACAGAAACUGCAUGGACAAAGCACAAAGACAAUUUGAUAUUGAUGGAAAGAUAUCAUUUUUUCGCUUCAAGUUGUCACCAAUUUGGCUUCAAUUGUAAAUCACUUUCAGAGCUAAAGAGUGAUGAGAGUGACUCUGAUGGAGCACUUGCAUCUGUUCUUAAAGUGUUGAGGAAAAUUCACCAUAUGUUCUUCGACGAGCUGGUGGAUAAUCUUGAUGGCAGAGAUGUGAGACAGGUUUUGAAAACUGUUCGUAAGGAUGUGCUGAAGGGAUGUAAAAUUGUCUUUAGUCGAGUUUUUCCUACCCAGUUUCAGGCUGAAAACCAUCAUCUCUGGAAAAUGGCUGAGCAAUUGGGAGCCACGUGCUCCAGAGAACUCGACCCAUCAGUUACACAUGUGGUGUCCCAAGAAGCUGGGACCGAGAAGUCUCGUUGGGCUCUGAAGAACAAGAAGUUUUUGGUUCAUCCACGGUGGAUAGAGGCUGCAAAUUAUUUGUGGCAAAGACAGCCUGAAGAGAAUUUCUGUGUCAACCAACCAAAAAAUCAAUAGUCAGCAUCUUCAUUUAGGUUUAAACAAUUUUUGUAGUAAUCGAUAGUUUGAGGGGCUUGGUGUUUGGCUCCUGCUUGGUAAUGUGAGAUAGUGAGAUAAGUUCCUUGACCUCGCAUCACCAUAUAUUAUGGUUACCUAUGUACAUCGAGUAGUCCACAGAAUCAUGUAAAAUCACCUCAUACGUUUGAUAGUUUUUAUUGACCACCCAUGAUCGUCAAGUGGCGAAUGAUCAAAGUCCCAUUGAAUUUCA